GGCGCCUGUUAAUAUACGCGAUACGGCGGCGAAGCGAACGAGAGUCGGGAAGCGUGCCGAGUGCACAUACGACGUGAGUGAUCGAGCGAGCGAAAGGAGCGUGAGUUCGUUUGUACAGGAGCAGCGUUUCGCGAUACAAUACGAUUCUACGCGACGCGACGUGAUCGCGCGAGACACCGACCGAUCGCUGUUACGCCACACGACGCGCGCUGCCAACCGGCACCCGGGAGAGCAGCGCGAUAUAUCACCCUUUGUUCUUGCGGCGGUGAGAGAGUGCGUGGCCCGACGUACGCAGAUAUACGAUUUCCGUUUGAGCCGAGCAGUGAGUGAUACAGGACAAUAAAUAUGUCAGACGACAAUUCGCCUGUGGUGGAGGAGCAAAAAAAGAAGAGGGGCAGGCCAGCCAAGGCAGACAAGAAUGCCGUUAAGGAGCCCAAAAAGAGGGGUAGGCCCGCCGCGGAAAAGAAUAACGCGGUACGUCCCGCAAAAUCUGACAACGAGGACGACGCACCACCUGGACCUGUUAAAAAAGGAAGGGGUAGACCUAAGGGCUCCCACAAGAAGAAGCAAGGACCACCAAAAGGCACAACUACUUCGUCACGUGGUCGUGGUAGACCGAAAAAGACAGAAGAGAAACCUGAGCUCACCGGCGAGGAUGAAGAUGAGCAGGAGGAGGAGGAGGAAGAGGAGGAGAAUUGAAGCAUCCAGAGAUGCAAUAGAGGAGGACGAAACUAACACAGCUGACUUAUCCUUCGAAGAUCUUUAAAUAGAAAAUUGAAUUAAGUUCAAUCACUUUAAAAGGUUCUACUUUUUUGUUUGUUUUAACCCGGUAACUCUCGAGCGAGUGUCGAAGCGAUGGACAUUGUCCACACCGAUUAUUGGAGUUUUUCCCGUAGACUCUAGUUCGCGGUGUCACAUUGCCACACGCGCUGACAAAAUCACAAAAAAAAACGUUGGAUACAAAAGUUGUGUUAAAAUUUAUUAAGUUCUUUAUAUUUACUUGACAUCACUACUAUUAAUGAUAAAUGAAAAAUCAUACUUUUAAGUAUCAUCACUAUCGUACGUGUAACUUUUUUUGACAGUGAAAGACUGGACUAGGAUGCAGAGAUCUCAAAACAAUUUUUAAUUUGCCCGAGAGAAGUGAAGUUUGAUACACUUUUUUUAAUUAAAGAAAACUAUUUCACGCAGUAUAGAGUAUUGUGUCACAUGUUUGCUACCUCCUUUUCUCCUUCAUACACAUAUUACACGACAUUCAUGGCAACGCCAAAAAAA